AUGACAAGCUCAAGUGAGGGUGAACUCCUUCAAGUGGCGCAAUUAAUCCGCGAGCGAUGGAAAAUUCGAAUUCAGAAGAUGAAAAUUGGUGGAGGUGGUUUCGGUGAAAUCUAUGAGGCAAACGAUAUUCAAAAUCACAACGAGCGAGUUGCUGUGAAAGUGGAGUCGAGCAAAGCCACCAAACAAGUGCUCAAAAUGGAAGUUGCCGUCUUGAGGAGACUCCAAGGAAAACGUCAUGCGUGUAAAUUUUACGGGUGUGGCCGUAAUGAAAAGUUCAACUACUUGGUCAUGAGUCUACAGGGUAAAAACUUAGCAGACUUAAGGCGAGAAUCGCCACGUCAAUGCUUCUCGUUGUCGACAGCGAUUCGAAUCGGUAUUCAGAUUCUUGCAGCAAUUCGCGAGAUUCAUUCAAUUGGCUUCUUGCAUCGUGAUAUCAAACCAGUGAGUCUUUUUGCGAAUACAUCUUCAUCAUAUUCCUUCGUUUAG